AUGGAGGUUGAUAUUGGGCCUCCUGGUGGCCGACCAUGGUACUGCAGCAGACUUCUGGGCUCCAACAAAGAGACCACAUUCUGCUUCACCCUCCAGGCCUUGAGAGCAGCAAAUCAGCAAGGUCGGACCAGAACCCUGGCUGAGAUAAAGGCCCAGACUAAAGCCAAGCUGCAGGCCAGGACACACACACAGAUGCAGGGCAAGCUGCAGGCUCCGGUUGGGGCCGCUCUACACGUGUCCCCCACCUCUCCAAACCGAACAGGGCUGACGUCAUCACCCGGGCAACCAAGGGUGGCCACGCCCCAACUGUCCACAUCAACAGCAGCACCUCACGGCGUUGCCACGGUAACAGAACCAAAGACUUCGGUACCCUUCUCUGCGCCAGGGUCGUCCGUGCCACUCACUCAUCAGGUGACAGGCACUAACCAGACAGAGGCAGCACAUUUGGGCCCAGCAGAUUCGAGGCUCUCGGUUUCACUGACAGCGGAGGAAAGCCUGUCGCAACAACCACUCACUGACAGGUCACACAUGAAGAACAUUACGCUGGUCGAACUGAUAACUGGCAAACCUCCGUCGGAUAAACCGACGAGUAAAAGUACCACAGACAAUUUGCCACCACGACCUAGUACACUAGAGAUGCUACCACAGACUUCUGUAUCAGAAGCAUUCAAUGUCAAGUCCAGUCAAUUUCCGGCAAAACUCCUUGAAGCGAGUUCACCGGCAGACUCCAUUUCCAGCAGUGAGAGUGUAAGCAGUGAGAGGAGCGCGGCCAGCGUGCACUCCUUACCUCCGCACGGAGGUUCCCGUACGCCCAGAGCGUUGAAAGUCUCGUCACACUACCUCUUGUCUUCCUCCACGCAAGCCUUGAAGCACCUGAGGGAAAACCAUGGAAAGGGGAGAAGCGCUGCGAGGCCACGGAAUCCGGACGAGCCCCCGCGAGCGUCAAGCGCGCCUCCCGUACCUGGCAAGAUCUUUGAGAACGAAGUUGAGAACGUCCGUGCUGCAAGUGUUGCAAGUGUACCCGCCGUAACUGACAUUUAUGAAAAUGGCCAGGCCUCGUGCGCCACACGAGGCAACCUCACAACCAACGACGCAAGUUUAGCGCACGUUAGCAGACCCACGUCCAACCCCGGAGUGUUGACUCCCGUACAGGUCGCUCCGACGGACAGCGCGCCCAGCUUGGUGAACCAGCACGUCGGCGUGCCGGUGAGUUUUGUCGGAUUUCAGAACGUGGUGAGGUUGCCGCAGGGCGCCCUCCCACAGCACAUACAGGUGCCCCAGGGGAUGAUACAGGGGAUGAACCAGGUACAUGUGGGGAACAUGAUGCAACAGGUGGGGCAGAUCGUCAACGUUUCCCCCCAGACUCUGUCCGCCCCGCCCCAGCUGCACCACCCCCAGCAAGUCUUGGUGUCCAUGUCCUCGAACGGCAACGCCAUCCCCAUCACCAUGAACCAAGUCAGCCUGCACCACCAGAACAACGCCAACAACACCGUCGUGAACUGUGUACAGAACGCCAACAACAUCAACACCAUGCAGAAUGCCGGCGGAACGCCCGGAGGGAACGCGAACUGCGUCGGACCAAACUCCAACAACAGCGGCGGCCACACCACCAACGCAGGCACCAAGUGUUCCUGUAGGCUGAAGGCCAUGGUCAUGUGUAAAAGUUGCGGUGCGUUCUGUCACGACGAUUGUAUAGGGCCGUCUAGGCUAUGUGUUACUUGUCUUAUUAAGUAACCUCAACUUGUGCUGCUCUGAUAAGUAUUGUCACCCCCCUGUUAUGUACAUUGUAUGGCAAAUAAGGACUACUAAGUGUAGAAUGUGUAGCCAGCCUGUAUAUAUCAUUAUAGGGGAGGCUAAAAAAGUGAUCAUGGUAUUUUCAUUGCAUCUACAUUGUACAUGUAUGUUAAAGAUAAAGCUUGUCAGAAAAUAAAGUAUGGAUGGAAAAUAGAAUACGUAUAGAGGCAGUGAUUAACUAAAGACAACCAAAUUAUAAAUGCUUAGUAAGUGCUUGAUUAGGCGACUGAGACUGCAAGUGGUAUUUUACAUGUUUGCAGAUUUUCUAGAGAAAUAUACAUACAAUUAUGAUAAAUACAUUUAACACAGUGAUGAUCCACACAAGUCCUUGGAAUGAAAUGUUGCAUAAUAGAUCCGUAUUUGUACAAAACGAA